UCCUUUCAACACACGACUCACAUUUUUUUUUGUUCCAAAUUUCCUUCCUCCCUUUCUUCCCAAAUCCCAAAUCCCAAGGCUUCUCCCAUUUUUCAAUAGCUGGUCACUCUUUUUCCUCUCUCUUAGAAAGAAAAGAGAAUCUUAUGCUACGCCUAGCUUUCUCUAGUACGCUCCACCUUUCAGGAGAGAUGACAAUGGGCUGAGAAAAAUUAAGCUUCGCAAACUGCCAUAACCGCAUUGACCGCCAUUUUCGUUUUCCUGUGAAAUUUCUGCUCCAGCUGGUCCAAAUCGGCGCUAAUCGUGCUGAACAGCCAACAAUGAGCGGAGGGGAAGCAAACGGGUGGAGGAGUUGGCCACCGGCGCCAGGCGGCGCUCCGCCGUACAUCCCGAGGGACAACCACUGGACCCACUUCGACAAUUCCGUCAACGCCGUCUCCUUCGGGUUCGUGGCCACCGCCAUUCUCAUCUCUAUGUUCCUCGUCAUGGCCAUUUUCGAGAAAUUGCUGCGGCCGACCUCGCCGGCGGUGCCGCCAGCCGGAGGACGGCGGAGGCACGGCGACAUUGAGGCUCAGGACCAUGGUGGUCGAUUCAAUUCCAAGCUUGGGUAUCCGUCUCCUAAGUUCUCUGCCAAUGCAAGAGAAGUUUCAGUUGUGAUGCCUGGCCAUAAAAUCCCGACGUUUAUAGCAAAACAAGCUCCUGUGCCUUGCCCUCCCGAGCGCAUGCCUUGGCCCUCUCAUCAGCAAGGAGAACAAAACCGGACUCAUUUACACGAUUUACGUGCUUCCACCUGAAAUCACCUCCAAUUGACUUUGUUCCAUGUGUUGGUAAAUUAAAAUUGGAAUUUAGAUCAAAGAUGGUUUAGGAGAGUACUGAGAAUCUGAAGCCGAGGUCUUCAUAUUUUGUACAUAAGGCUCAGGGUUUUGUGUGUGUAUAUGUAAUGUACUCUGAGCUUUUGCAGGCUUCAGUAAAUCUCUCUAGCUGCAUUUGGGAAAGCCGUAGUUUCAUUACACGCCACUUCUUAUUCUGUGCUUUAAAACAAACGUGCAUGUUAUAAUUAAAUUAUAUGGUUUUCUCCGGGAAAAGCAUAACUAAUUGGAUUCGACAUUGAGUAUUGUCAGUAUUUGAGAACAAAAGCUAUAAUUUAACAUGAUGGAG